AUGUCGAACCUAUUACACAAGGUCAAAGACGCGGUUACGCACAGCACCCACGACAAGCCUAGCUCUUCCACCAACGCCGGCCCGCACGAUUCCAACGUGAUGAAUAAGGCUGACCCUCGUGUGGACAGUGACCGUGACCACCGCAGUGCAUACACAGCUGCCGGCACAGGCGGCAGUACUUACGGCUCUGGCACUCGCUCUGGCACUGGCACUGGCACUGGCACUGGCACUGGUGCUGGUGCUUACAAUAGCGGUACCACGGGUGCCGGCGCAAAUACCAGCCCUUACGGAUCUGGAACCGGGUCUGGUGCCUACGGCGCUAACACAGGCACUACCACUUCUGGUCCUCACGACUCAAACCUGGCCAACAAGGCUGACCCGCGUGUCGAUAGUGACCGAGGCCAAUACGGUACGACCGGCGGCGUAGCUGCUGGCGGUGGUUACAAUACCAACCCUAACUCGAGCAACGCUGGCCCUCACAGCAGCAACCUGGCCAACAAAGCCGAUCCUCGUGUCGACUCUGAUCUCGACAACCGCUCCCGCCACCAAAAUCUGGCCGGAAACACACAGGCCCCUGCAGGCAGCAGCUAUGCUACCCCUGGAAGCGGCGCUGCGCAGCAGACUGCUGGCCCGCACGACUCGAAUCUCGCAAACAAGCUUGAUCCUCGCGUGGAUUCUGACCUGGACUACAGCCGCACUGUUGGCGCAAAUGCCACUAGGUACUGA